CUCGCUGUAUCGCACAGGCUGUACUGUAGUGUCUAUUCACAGGCGCGAUCCCACUACUGAUCAGCACGGGGGUUUUGACCUGCUCCGUUUCCGGCCUGGACCGGUUCACCCCUCCUUAGACGACCUGAUAGUCCCAGGCUCCCCCAGGAACACCAUAUCGAUACCGAACUUAGUGCGGACACCCGAUCGACAUAGUCCACUGCAGCCCAGAACCCCUGAGCUCAAACGAUCCUCCAGCCUCAGACUCCCAGUAGCUUGGAUUACAGGCGCGCGCCACUGCACCCGGCGAGUGGUUGAGGGUGUAAACUGAACAUGAGUUUCCCAGUGUCAACACUGCUGGUGGUGGCAGCAGGGUCUGGUAUGCUCACACCCUCCUCCUCCUGACAGCAAAUUGUAGGAUCCGCCUCUUCAGAUCCUACUAUAUAAGAAAACUGAACUGGGCUCAAAGUCAACAUCGUCUUUAGGACAACUCCAGCAGUACUUCACUUGGUUCAUUUGAUCUCUGAAUCCAUCGACCAUGUCAUUUUCUGUCUGCUCAACCUUCCCCGAGACCAUCUCCAAGACCUGUAUGAGAACCGGUCCUGACACCUUCGUGAAGACCUGCUCUGACACCUGCGUAAAGACUUACCCUGACACCUGUGUGAAGACCUGCCCUGAGACCUGUGUGAAGACCUGUUCCAUAACCUGCCCUGACACCUGCGUGAAGACCUGCUCUGACCCCUGCGUCAAGACUUACCCUGACACCUGCAUGAAGACCUGCCCUGAGACCUGUGUGAAGACCUGCUCCAUAACCUGCCCUGACACCUGCGUGAAGACCUGCUCUGACCCCUGCGUCAAGACUUACCCUGACACCUGCAUGAAGACCUGCCCUGAGACCUGUGUGAAGACCUGUUCCAUAACCUGCCCUGACACCUGCGUGAAGACCUGCUCUGACCCCUGCAUAAAGACCUGUUCCGUAACCUGCCCCAAAAUCUGCCCUGACACCUGCGUGAAGACCUGCCCGGACUCCUACAAGAAGACCUCCUCCUGCCCGAAAACCUACCUUGACAUCUGCCCCAAGACCCACCCUGUGCCCUGCUUGAUAACCUGCCCAAAGCCCUGCUCCGUGACAUCAAAGUCUAUAAUAAUUCCUCGUCAUUGUGGUAGGAAAGCACACAGUGUGUAUGGCUGUGGAGGAAGCACCCGCAUCUCCACCUGUACUUAUUGUCCAAUUACUUGCUCUCCGUGCCUGCCAUAUAAAAUUGGUGCAUGCCAUGGUGGAUUUGGUUCAAGAACCAUGGCUGGUGGAUGCCAUGACAUGGAUUAUGACUACCUCCAGACGUCUGAGAAGGUCACCAUGCAGAACCUGAACGACCGUCUGGCUUGCUAUCUGGAGAAGGUGCGAUCUCUGGAGGCUUCCAAUGCCAAUCUGGAGAAGAUGAUCCGGGACUACUAUGAGAAGAAAAGACCCAUCUGUCAGAGGGACUACAGCUGCUUCUUGAACACCAUCCACUGUCUGCAAGAAAAGAUACGCGAGGCUACCAUCAAAAAUGCCAACAUCAUCCUGCAGAUCGACAAUGCUAAAUUGGCUGCUGAUGAUUUCAGAAUAAAAUUUGACCAUGAGUCAGCCAUGCGUCAGUGUGUGGAGGCAGACAUUGCUAAUCUGCGUUGCAUACUGGAAAAGACAUGCCUGUCAAAAACCGACCUGGAGGCACAGAUCUGCCUUUUGGAGGAAGAACUUGCAUUCUUGAAAAAGAAACACCAGGAGGAUGUGGAGGCACUGAUUUGUCAGUUAUCACAGACAGUGUGUGUGGAAGUGGAUGCUGCUCCACAGCAAGACCUGAAACAAGUUUUGGAAGAAAUACGUUGUCAUUAUGAGACCAUUAUAGACAAACACCGCAAGAAGCAGGAGUGCUGGUUCAGAGAGAAGACAGCGGAACUGUGCAAAGAUGUGACCGGCAACACAGAGUGCAUGGAAACCUCCAGGUCACAGAUUGCAGAUUUGCGACGCACAUUGCAGUGCCUGGAGAUCGAACUACAGUCUCAAAUCAACAAGAAAGGAGCACUGCAAUGUUCACUGGCAGACACAGAGGCUCGGUAUGGUGCGAUGUUAGCUGAAUUCCAGAAGCAUAUCAACAUGCUGGAAGCAGAACUGUGUCAGGUGCACACUGGCAUUGAGCAACAGGGCAAAGACUAUGCUGCACUGCUGGACAUCAAGAGCCGCCUGGAGAAGGAGAUCGCCACCUACAGGUGCCUGCUGGAAAAUCAGGACAUCAGGACUCAAGGAGAAGGUGGACAGUGUACCUCGACCAAUGUGUGUGGGAUGCCUGUGGAAAAAAUAGUCUGAUGUAAACAAGUCUUAUAAUACAGCAAUCAAUAUAAACACAAGAAUGCAUGGCAGGGUCUUGCUUGCUAUGUACUGGAUUUACCAAUCACUAUUAAGCCACUUCAAGGCAACAGACUGACAUUUCUGAUGUGUGAUCCUUAAUAAAGUUCAA